AUGUCGUUACGAAGUUUGACGCCUGACCUUUAUGGCACCAAAAAGAAUACUGAUUUACCGAUAUUUAACAAAUUUACUCCGAAGAAACAUUCUAAUCGUAUAUUAAUCAAGAGGAUAUUUUAUACACUUGUACUUGUACUACUCACGUAUACUAUUUAUUCCAACGUUAUUGUCGGUGACAGUCCGAAACUUCCAUCACUUUCAAAAUCUGAUAUUGAAGAUAAUCUAGAAAGAGAGGUAGAGCUCCAGCGACAACAACAAGAGGAGGACUUACUCAACAAUGAUCACCAAGAAUUUAAAGUUACCAAAGAUGGUGUACAAGAAGUUACAGAUCCAAUGGAAAUUACAACUGAUGAUUUGAAAAGAAAUAAUGUUGAAUACUUUGACUUGAACGAUUAUCAAGGCUCAUCUGAUGGGAACAGUAAAGGUGAUGUUGUGCUAUUUCUUAUGCCUUUGAGAAACGCUGAACAUGUGUUGCCCAUGGCAUUUUACAAUUUGAUGAAUUUAACCUACGACCACCUGUUGAUAGAUAUUGCGUUCCUUGUAUCAGACUGUUCUCCAGAUGAUACCACAUUAGAAACUGUUUUCAGAUACUCAAUGGCAUUGCAAAACGGUACUUUGGUUGAUUUAUUAAAAGAAGAAGAACAACAACAAAAUGGAGCGCAAGUGAAAGGCUCCAAUGAUUUGUACCAAUCUUAUAUGGAACCUUCGUAUAUGGAAAACGUCAAAAAGGCCUACAGUAACCCAGAAACCCACCAUAAAAAUUACAGAACCCCAUUUAGAUCUGUCACGAUUUUUAAGAAAGAUUUUGGACAGGUGAUUGGACAAGGAUUCAGUGAUCGUCAUGCAGUCAAAGUCCAAGGUAUACGAAGAAAAUUAAUGGGUAGAGCUAGAAACUGGUUGACCUCUAGUGCCUUGAAGGCAGAUCACUCGUGGGUUUAUUGGAGAGACGUAGAUAUAGAGACCUGUCCAGGAAAUGUGAUUGAAGAACUUAUGCUGCAUGAUUAUGAUGUCAUGGUUCCCAAUGUCUGGCGUCCCUUGCCUACAUUUUUGGGGAAUGAACAACCAUACGAUUUGAACUCAUGGAUUGAGUCAGAUGCAGCAUUGGAACUUGCUAAAACAUUGGCUGAAGAUGAUGUCAUUGUCGAAGGGUAUGCUGAAUACCCCACAUGGCGUGCCCAUUUAGCCUAUAUUCGUGAUCCAAAUGGUAAUCCUCGUGAAGUAGUUGAUUUGGAUGGUGUUGGAGGAGUAUCAAUUUUGGCCAGAGCCAAAAUCUUUCGCCAAGGCGUCCACUUUCCAGCAUUCACAUUCUUGAACCAUGCUGAGACUGAGGCGUUUGGAAAAAUGGCCAAAAAAAUGGGUUUCCGCGUUGGCGGUUUGCCUCAUUACACAAUUUGGCAUAUCUAUGAACCCAGUGAAGAUGAUUUGCAAAAGAUAUCGAAAUUGGAAAGAAGCCGAAGGAGGAAAGCUAAACAUAGUUAA